AUGAAGGGCUACAUAUCAGCCUGUUUGGUCUCACUGGCCAGUUCGGCAUUGGCUGCCCCCUGGGAUCUCCCAAAGAGAAGCAAUGUACGACUCGAGGCAAGAGAUAAUACGACAACGGUCGACCUUGGGUACGAGGUUCACUCGGCAACUGUCAAUGAAACUGGCAGCUACUAUCUCUUCAGCAAUGUCCCUUAUGCUCAACAGCCCAUUGGGGACUUGCGAUUCCAAAAGCCAGUGCUACCGACGGGAACGAACUCGACGGUAAAUGAUGGCGGCUCCUCAGACAUCGAAUGUAUGCAGGCCUAUCCAGGAUGGGUCGUCGAAUUGCAGGCUGCCUCUUAUGGCGUCGAUGCCGCGACCAUGGCCGCUAUCCUCUACAACAGCGGUGCCCAGACGGAGUCUUGUCUUUUGCUAGACAUUUACGUCCCAGAAACCAUCUAUGAGCUUGGCGCAUUGGCUGCAGCGCCAGUUCUUGUCUGGAUCCACGGCGGAGGCUUCACAUAUGGGUCCAAGACGGGCUCUGGAGAGAUUGCCGGUCUCUUGGCACGCUCGAACAACACCGCCAUCAUUGUAGCAAUCAACUACCGCCUCGGUAUGUUUGGAUGGCUCGACGGUUCAGAUCUGACACCCAACUUGGGUCUCUACGACCAGCGCCUCGCGCUCGAGUGGGUGGGAGAGUAUAUUAGCAAUUUUGGCGGCAGCGCCGAUAGGGUCACCGUCAUGGGUGAGAGCGCAGGCGCUGCCUCCAUUCUGCACCACAUUACUGCUGAAGGUGGCAAGGAGGAGGCUCCUUUUGACCAGGCCAUCGUCAUGAGUCCUGCCUUCCAAUUCAACAUCAAUGGCUCAUAUGGCUAUGAUCUGACCAUGGAGGUGGCAACGAACUACACUGGCGAGGACAUUGACAGUGUUGCUGACCUGACUGCCCUAACCUCUGCUCAACUCAAGUACAUUAACCAGGCUGUCGUUUAUGAUGCCUUUACUGGCCUCUUCAACUACGGACCAGUGGUUGACGGCACGUAUGUUCCAAACCAUCCUCAGGUGCUCCUCCUCGAGGGCAAGUUUGACGAUUCUGUCAAUUUGCUGCUCAGCCACACAUCUAAUGAGUCGGUUCCUUUCACGCCAACCGAUAUUGCUACUGCUGAAGAUCUCUACGAAUUGGUCGCGACAGAGUUCCCCGAGGUUUCCAAUGAGACGAUCGAGUACAUGCUGACCACGGUCUGGCCGGAUGUGCUCGACGGCACCUACCCGUGGACAACCGAGUUUGCCCGUGCCGUCAAGAUCGGUACCGAGAUCCAAUUCGCCUGCUCUGCGCGCUUCCUCUCAGUGGCUUUCGACAAUGCUACGUACGACAGCAUCUUUGCGUACCCACCAGGCUACCACGCCCAGGAUGUUCCCUAUGUCUUCUUCAAUGGCGACACCAGCAGUCUUGAUGAUGGUCUCCCAGUCAACCCAACUAUUGCACACGCCAUCCAGGACCACAUAAUGACCUUUACUCUCACCGGCGACCCCAACUAUCUGGGCGAGGCAGUUACAUGGCCCCUCUACGGUUCCAGCGCUCAGACUCUUGAGUACACCUAUGCCGGACAGGUGAUUGUGACGGACGAUUUAAAGAACGACCGAUGCACGUGGAUACAACAGGCCAUGGCCGACGGAACCCUAAUGGGAAAGAACACAUGUGAUGAUAAACACACGCAUGGAAAUCAUGGCAAGCCCGGCAGUAAAGGCGGCAAAGGCGGCCACAGCGCAAGUAAGGACAGCAAGUUCAAGGUAGACGUCAAGGCCACUGCAAAGGUGAUCCUGCCUGGAAGGGAACAGCGUCAUCAAUACUGA